GCAGAUAAAAAACGUUUCGAAGAACGAAAGGAUUGUCGUCCAUUGGAGACCAGCUGAUUUGAGUUGACAAUAAAAUGUUCCGGUCUUGUCAGCCCGUAUUGGCUGGUAAAGUGUCGAAAAAGUGUGCGGUUCGUGCCGAAACCAACUGAAAUAGGCCAAAAAAUUGCUGGCGAUGAUGGAAACUCAACAAUGGCCCGCAAAAUUCCAACAAUCUGGGGCCGGGACCGACACCACACAAGAUAGUUUAAACAAUGGAGAGAACGGCAACGUCGCGAAAGAAGAAAACGGUGAUGGGGCGCACGAUAACGACAAACGGACCGAAAACGACAGCCCCACAAUCAGUGAGAAAGCCAGACAGUUAAUAUCAUUAAUCUUAGAGCAGAUGAAAGAAUUAUCAAACGCCGAAAAAUAUCUCUUGUAUUUGAAACUGUUUCAAAUCAGCAAUGUAGUGGACCCUUUGCGACAACCCUUGAACCCACUGGGGAGUCGCUCUGAAAUCAACAGGACCAUAUCAUGGAUCAAGACUCACUUAGAAGAAGAUGCAGAGACUUCUCUUCCCAAACAGGAGGUUUAUGAGGAAUACACAGUAUAUUGUACACAAAAUCAAAUCAAGUCACUUUCCCAAGCCGAUUUUGGUAAAGUCAUGAAACAAGUGUAUCCGAAAGUGAGGGCUAGACGUUUGGGCACCCGUGGAAAUUCUAGAUACUGCUAUUCGGGCUUAAGAAGAUGCAUCAAGUUAAAACCUCCAAAAUUGCCCGAUCUUGGUGAUAAGCCUUUGAGCACUGAAGCCCCUUGUACUCAAUCGACUUUAACAGCGGCGGCUUGGUUAAUUGUGAAAGAAUGGUCUGAAUUUCAUUUUGGAGUUCAGUUUCCAUCAUUGCAAGCCCUAGCUCGGUUUCUUGUUGUUUCUCAUUCAGUUGGUGCAGGAACUGACGCUGCCAACCAGUUGACUUCAGCGUCAGAAUCACAGUUGAAAGGGGAGCUAUGUGGUGGGAAAACUGGCACUAAACACAGAGAAAUGCAGUUGCAAUUGCAGAAAAAAAUCCAACAGAAGAAUGAAGUCAAAGAGAGAAAAAGAAAAAUACAGUCUCCCAAAUCCGAUCCGAAGCCCUCUGUGAAGAAAUCCAAGGGAGCGUUAUCAUCGAUUCGGCUUGAGGGUUCCCCCACGUUGACUGGAGCCGGUGAAAGCAGCACCAGUACAAGCACCGGCAGCACCAGCACGAGUCCCACUCAGGGCAAAUCUAUCUGUGAUAAAUCGUUAGAUUUCACUCAACUACCAGCGUUACCUGACUUUAAAAGUUUCCAAAAGCCCGUCUGUGAACAACAACAACCACAACAGCAGCAGCAAAACGGUGUCGGAACCUCGACGAAAGUAGCGAUACCGCGUCUAGCCUCCGGUAAAGCUCAACAACAGCAACGAUCGCCCCAAUCGUCCCCUAAGAAGCAAGUCAAGAAUGCAAAGUACAAAGCCAUCCAACCCAAACCGCAACCAUGUGAUAACGCAUCGUACAACCCGCAAACAAUUGCGGAUAUCAGAUCUCAAGGUGUACUACACAACGUAGAUAGGUGUAAGGAAAGAAAAUCAAGUGAUGAUGAUUGUGAUGCUCCCGUUUUUCCUCUGCCCAGGGAGAGGCUCGAAAGCAUCAGUAAUGUCGACAAGGACGCCAUGGACGAAUAUUUAGGUACAAACAACAGCCAACACGAAGAAGAACUGUCGAAAUACUUCAGCAACAACAUCGAGACAUCGGACCAAGAAAACUCGACGAAACUCUCCCAACUCCGACAACUCCUCGAACAGAACGGCAUAUCCGACAACAAAAACUUCCUCAUCGAUAGCGGCCCCGCUGUUGCCCUCACCCACCCCAUGAUCGACCCACUGGCCGUUUCCAACGUCAAUAUCUAUCCAAUCCCGGCCCAACUUCACACAUUGCCGACCAAUCACAGCAGCGCUCGUCGUCGCGUCAGUUUCGAAACGCCUCUCCACGAGGAUACCGUCCCUCCAAGCCCCAAUACUCGCCGCAAAAACUUCAGUUUCACUCCCAUAUCUCCGGGCCCCCAGUCGCCCAAAUGUUCCAGCACGAACGUGAGUCCUUUUGUGAGUCCCAGGAACACGCCGAUACCCCGUACUAAAAACACUACUCAUCAAAACGCCGGAAUCGGCGUCCGGAAAAAGAUCAAACGCGAACCGGACUUGAGUGUAGAAAUCCCGGAAGCGAAAAAUUACAUGGCCAUGUCGGCCCCUGCCAGUCCCAUGUUGUACAAUAGCAAAAAAUCGGUCCUUGAGAAAUUGUUGCAUUCGAACAGUAAAGUCGCGUACACUCCGGAUUAUGUCAAUCCAACCAUAAAACAGGACGUGAACGAAGUCGAUUUACUCGAAAGCGAGAACGUGGAAAGUUUUCCGGAUUUCACAGCGUAUAGGUCGCAAUCGGUCCCUUUGAAUCAAAUGAUCAAGUCGAAUUUCGCUGAAGACGCCCAUUUCCUGCCGAAUUUGCCCAAUCAGAGCGCCGAUUUUAACGAUUUCGAUCCGAUUUCCGAAACGGUGACCGUAAAUCGGAUCAUUGACGCCCUCGACGAUCAUCCAUGCGAGAAUCCCACCAAUUUGGAAAUGUACAAUGUCGAAAUGCCCCAAAACACCCAAUGCCUGCCCAGUUUCAACCUCAUCGUCGAUAACAACAUCGAUAUUCAGAAUAAUUUCGGCGAAAAUAUCGCGUUUGCGCCCGGUUCGCGUCACCUAGCCCGAUCGCAAAGCAUCGAUGUCAAUUGUUUUGAUAUGAAAUCGACCAAUCUCAACCCUUCCAGAUCUGUCCCUAGUACGCCUCUCCCCUUCACGAAUAAGCCCGCCCCGGUGAAGAAUUUCACCAAUCAGAGCUCGCGUUCGUAUCCUUCGACUCCCUCAUUGGUGGCCGAAUCGGCGUUUAACUAUGCGGUUAAUGGAGAUUGUCUGUUGAACGGACAGCCGAUACGGAACGGAACGGCACGGAAUCAGACUGAUGAUUUGACGUAUUUCAUGAAUUUGAACGAAACGAACGAGGACAAUAAUAUCGAUAGGCAUUUAACGGCAGAGGAUGAGUUUAGUAUAGGGAGGAGUUUGCCAGGUAACGAAUUCGGCGAGAACGCUUUAAUGGACGAAAACGGUGUCUUGAUUGAUGAGCAGACUUUUAACGGGAAUAUUAAUAAUUAACAAAUCGUACUAAUACCACUUCUGCGGUUGCAAUCCGUGAUUUUAUUUUUCUAAAAGAUGUUUUAUUGACCACAAAAUUUUUAUUGGUGCUAUGAUAAUCGAUCGGUUUUAUAAGUAUGCAUUGUUUUAUGGGAGUCAGAUCGUGUGAAAUUGUGCUCUUAACGUGAUCAAGUCAUGUUAUCGUUAUCUUAUAUCAAAAGUUUAUUAACUAAAAAUUUAUUACAUUUUUUGCGACGUUUUAAAUGAAAUUGUUAAUGAUAGUUUUUUAAGUAGUGUUAUCUGGAGAGCAUUUUUGAAAUAUUUUCGUUAACAGUUAUUUAAUAAACAAGUGUAUUAAUCGCUGAUUAAUACAGAGUUUAUUGAAGUUUUUUCCCUUGAUCAAAAAAACUGUAAAAUGUAAAUUUGGAUAUGCGAUUUUUGUAUGGUUACCAUGGAUACGUUGCAUGCUUAGUUGCCUAUAUUACAACAUAGGAGCUGUAGCCUAUGCUAAAAUCGUUUAUUAAUAAAAAUAGUUAUUUAUGUAUCAAGUACGCAAAAUAGGGUUUUGGGGGACGAAUCGUAAUUAAUGACGAGACGACGUAGUCUUUAAUGAGAGGUGUCACCUACAACCUUUUGCGUACGUGGUGCAUACAAGAUUUUUUUGUUAAAGCUCCCAAAACACGAAUUCAUACCUCUUACUAAUUAAAAAAAUUUCGUUACCAUAGUAACCACUUUUAUUUUUUAAUCUGCAAAAACUAAAAUAACCAAUUUUGUUGAGUCCGAAAAAGACUCAUUUUAGGGAGUCAAAUGCGUACGCAAAAUAGCUUUGGGAGCGUAUACAAAAAAAAUCAUUAAUAAACGGUCAACGGAAAGUUUUAAAAAUGUCACAAUUUGCACUUUCUGAGCCCUGUUGUGUACUAAAUAUGUUAACCGAGGUAUAUUAUUGCUGUUUCGAUGUGGCAUAAACCAUGUAACAUUUUGGAUACGUAACUUAAAAAUGUGCAAUAUGUGUUGAUUGUUUUAUUUUCGGCUUUAAAUGUGUUGGGUCCGUGGAACUGGUGUUGGUGUCGAUUAGUGGUUCCAAACUACUGAAAAUCUUUCUAAUUUUAGGCUUUUUUACUUUGUUUUUGUUUUCAAUUGUUUUCAAACAAUAGCUGAUGUUUAAUGGAUGGACGAGGAAAAAUUGAUACAAGAUUGUCUGUGAUAAAUUUAUAUUAUUCUUUUGGAAUAUAGUGGCGCUAAAUGAUUGUUUUAUGAUUUUAGAAAUCAUGUUGUUUGUUUUUUCUUUUCCUUUGUUUUUAUUCGAAAAAAUCGUGAAAUUGGUGAAGAAUUCGAUGUUUGUGUGUAAUCAAUGUGAGGGUAGUCCAAAAAUAAUUAAUCGCGCAGACACCCUCGAUAGUUCUUACGAAAUGUUAUAUUUUUUUAUAAGUUGUACAAUGUGAAUAGUGGGUGCAAGGACGCUGUAAAUGCUAAGCGGGUGGUUCUUAAUUAUUUAUGGACUAUUGUAGAGUACCUUUUUAAUUAUCGAAGCCCGAAUUAUGUAUUUUUGUACCUACGCUUGAACCAUCUAGUUGUUUUUUCACACCGGUGAUCGUGCAUUUUGGAGGUACAGUUCGAUGCACUGACAGUACGAGGCGGUUUUUAACCCCCAGCCUAUUACCUGUGCCUAGCUUUUACACCAUGAUAGCUUGUAGUUUUUUAAAGGAACAAUCUGAAAAAUAUAACAGUUUUAUACUGACUCUGCUAGUUUUUUUUUAGUUUCACUCUGCUUGAACAACUUCCUUAUUUCUUUAAUGCAGCUUAUAUUUUUGAUAAUAGUGAAAAAACGUAAACGAGAACGCUUGCCUUGAUUAACAAGCAUCACAAACUCUAGUUUUACGUUGACUUAUUGUUAAAUACGUGAUCUCUUCCUUUCCGUUUCGCUUGAAAAAGUCCAAGCUUUUUUACGCAAAUUUCAGUGAAAUUACUUUAAGAUUCUUAGUUGUACGCAAUGAUUUUUUAUUAAGGUUAGAUACAAGAAAUAAACGACUAAUGUACAUACAUAUUUACAAAUUAACUGACUAAAAGUCUGAAUAUUGGUAAGCUCAUUUUGUAAAGUGAAUAAAGUUUGGGAUAUCCUUGCAAGUUAUUUUUGCAAGUUAUUGUUAAAUCCUUGUAAGAGCUGUUAUUUUAUCAAGUACAAAUUUAUUUAAAGGUAAUUUGAACAGUUCGUAGAUUAGUUUGGAUGUUUUGGUGUAUACUAUUUGUAUCAAUAUGAAAUAAAUAUAUUCGUAUCUCUUGUUUAAA